AUGCGGGGCAUGUUUGAAAAUGCACAUUCCUUCAACCAGCCCCUACGAGAUUGGGACACUUCAUCCGUCACGGAGAUGAGCGAGAUGUUCAAAGAAGCCUAUGCAUUCAACCAGGCGAUUGGAGAUUGGAAGAUCCUAAAGGUCCGGUCAACUCGACGCAUGUUUGAUCAUGCUUGGCACUUCAAUCAGCCCAUUGGGCUCUGGAACACCUCGGCCGUGGAGGACAUGAGCUACAUGUUCUCGCAUGCACACCACUUCAGUCAGCCGAUCAACUCGUGGGAUUGCUCGGCAGUGAAGAACAUGAGCUACAUGUUCUGUUCCGCACCAGUCUUUAAUCAGCCGAUCGGCGCUUGGAAUACUGGAGCUGUCGUGGACAUGAGUGGCUUGUUCAAACAUGCACUGUGCUUCAAUCAACCAAUUGGAUCGUGGGAUACCUCCUCGGUGAUUAAUAUGCGGUACAUGUUCAGCGAUGCCGAUGCCUUUGAUCAGCCUAUUGGGUCCUGGAACACUUCGAACGCACAAACCAUGAGCUACAUGUUCUACAACGCGGUGUCUUUUGCCUAUCCCAUUGGCAACUGGGACACCUCGAGUGUCACUGAUAUGAGCUACAUGUUCAGAGAUGCUGACUCCUUCAAUCAACCGAUAGGUGGGUGGGAUACGUCCGCCGUGACAGACAUGGCCUUCAUGUUCUGUGACGCCAAUGGGUUCAAUCAGCCCAUCGGUGACUGGGACACCUCACGUGUUCAAUCCAUGACCUUCAUGUUUUGUGACACGGGUGACUUCAACCAACCACUGGACCAGUGGGACGUCUCCUCAGUGACGGACAUGAGCUUCAUGUUUAGCAACGCAGUUGCCUUCGACCAGCCCAUCGGCUAUUGGAAUACCUCGAAGGUGGUGGACAUGAGUUACAUGCAUGCAAGGGGCACAGACACAUAG